AAUGUGUCAGUUUAAGAAUAGUGGUUUCACUGUUCUCUCGUCAUAUCACUGUAGCUCAGAGCAUCUUCUCUGAUUUGGAAGCAUGACAUUUGUGAACACUCUCAAACAGUGGGAUGAGGCAGUGGCCUGUUUCGAACGCGGGGAUUCCGCAGCUGCCCUUGGAACAUUUCUGGACAUCCAGGAAAAGAACUCUAAAAUCUUUUUCAACAUUGGCUGCCUACAGUUGAUCAAUAAGAACCUAGAUUCAGCUGAAAAGGCUUUCGACAGCUGUAUCGGAAAGGAUGGACACUUGGCUGUUGCAUUCUUUCAAAGGGGGUUGGCAUUCUACAAAAAAGAAAGGUUUGAGGAGUCUUUUGCUGAUUUCCAACAUGCCUUCAAGGAGUUGAGGGGGAACCAGCUGAUCGAUUACAAACCUCUUGGUCUGAGAUACAAAUUAUAUGCUUGUGAGGUACUGCACAACAUGGCGCUGGCCCAUGCUCAGCUGGGUCAGUGGGAGAAAGCCAAGGAGAACCUCCUGACUGCUCUGAACCUCAGGACCGAGGCCAAACUCAGCCACAUCGACAGAGGUCUGGAGUGCAUUCUGAAGCAGAAGCUGUUUGAGCCAGUUGAGGUCCCGGCGAAAGAGCUGUUCAAGCCAAACAAACACUACGUGGCUGAAUUGGAGAAGAAGGACUACCUGGGCAAGGCUAAGGUUGUUUCUUCCAUCGUCUUCCAGGAUGAGUUCUCUGGCUUUGCUCCGUUACAGCCACAGGUUGAAGAUGUUCCUACCAGACCAAAACCGCCUGAAGUUCUGAGGGCUCUGGAGGGAGAGCCUCACACUGUCCUCUUCGAGUUUGUCCCUGAGACAAGUGAUGAGUUAGCUGUGGUGCCUGGCAACAUUGUCUUUGUGCUGAACAAAGGAUCUGACAACUGGGCCUCUGUCAUCUUCAAUGAGCGAAGGGGGCUUGUUCCUUAUAAUUUCCUGGAGCGUUUGGAAAUAACCUUAUCAUCUAAGCAAGAACAGGAUGGGACAGACAAGGAUGACAUCCCAGCGCCACCUAGACAAGAACCACCGAAAAUACCCCAGAGAAAAUCUGCUUCUGCUUCUGAAAAUCAGAACAUCGGGGACACAAUAACAGAGUCUUGCCAGAGUGAAGUGGUUAGUGACUCUUCACUCUGUAUAGUGAAAGUGCACUUCACAUACACCAUAGCAAUCUGCAUGGUGCCUGGACUUCCCUACACAACCACUCUGGAGAAAAUCAGUAACAAACUGGGCCUCCCUGCCACAGCAAUCACCUUGAGUUAUGCCCAAAUAGAUUCUGGUAAAACAGUGAUUGAUGAGAACACGAGGAUGGAAGAUGUUUGGAGCUGUGUCCACAAUGGUCGUCUAACACUGUGGUGUGAUCUCAAAGAGGGCAUGAGUGAGCAGCUGCAAACCCAGACUCACCUGAUGGCUCUUCAUUCCUAUGAGUCUUCAACUGCAGAGGACCUUGAGUUCCAUCAAGGAGAUACCAUCUUACUUCUCUCCAAAAUCAAUGAAGAUUGGUUUGAGGGACAGUGCAACGGAAAUAUUGGCAUAUUCCCAGCGUCCUUUGUGGAAGAAGUUGCAUAUGUUGGCUGACUCAGCUCAGUAUGGGAUUGAAUCCUGGCCUUUGUCUUCUAAUCUGGAAACCACCAACCAACCAUCAUCAAAGAAAAACACAGUCAGAUUUAUAUAUUUACGUUGAGGGAAGGCAUUUAGGUACGAAACGUCAUUACCUAAUCAAGGACUUUUCUUCACUGGGCUGAUAUUGACCGAUUUAUGUCAUGUUAUUGUUAAAGUAUGUUAUAAGUUUUAAUAACCUUUUUGGCAGGCACAAAUCAAGCAUGCCCAGGUUUUCUACAUAUUUGAAUGUAAAUGCAGUAUUUUGUUUAACAUUAUUUGUAUGUGCUUUUAUGUAUCCGACACCACAAAUGGUUCCCUCAGGAACAAUCUGCUAAAUCUAAGUUAUUUUUAUGUCAUUGUUAAACAAAUUAAACAUUGGGUAUAGCAUGGAGCCAUAGACUAUUCUGAAUUGCAGUUUUCAGACCUUUGGUAUGUGUGUAUAGGAAAAUAGCUUUCAGAGCACAUUUGAUGUCAGCAACUAUGACUGAUCCAACACCAAUAGCCUAUAGAUUUUGAAUGACAAAAUAAAACAGACAAAAUCAUA